GUACCGAAGAACGACGUAAUGAAAAUAUUGUAAACAAAAAAAACAUAAAACAACAAUGUGCUUUUGAGACGAAGUUUUAUAAUAUUUAAGUAAAGUCUGUAAGAAUCUGUUUGUAGAAUACAACAUGGAGAAUCGAAAUUGGGGAUUUUGUGAACUUUCUAUCGACAGAAAUUUUCCUACUGGAGAUUUAAAAAAAUUAGGAGAUUUAGGUUAUCAUACCAUAACAAUAAACAGUUACGUGGAGGAAGCUACUGACGAACCGAAGAAAAAGAAGAAAAAAGGAGACUUGAAAGAAAAGAAAGAUGCCAUGCCUGCGCCAUUGGAAAUUCCUCAAGAAUUGUCUCGUACUUCCAAACUAAAUAUUCUUCAAAGAAUUACCAUUGAAUUUUCAGAUUCAAGUAUUGCACAUAAAAUGAAUCAGUCAGAGAAUUUAAAAAAGUUUGAUAUUAUUGCAGUAGUACCCAAAACUUUACAGGCUUUUCAAUAUGCAUGUGGGACAAUGGAUGUUGAUGUAAUAACUUUUGAUCCGCAGACCAGAAUUCCGUUUAAGAUAAGUCGAAAGUUGUACAGACAGGCUGUAGAAAGAGGUCUAUUUUUUGAGUUAAUGUACGCUCAGGCAAUAAGAGACUCCACAGCUAGGAAAAAUAUAAUAAGUACAGCUCAUACUUACCAUGCCAUUGGUAAAUCGAAAAAUAUUUUUAUUAGUAGUGGAGCUGAAAACCUGUCGCAAGUCAGAAAUGUCCAUGACGUCAUCAAUCUUGGAUUUUUGUUAGGAUUAAAUAGUAAUGAAAGUUUGAAUACAGUAAAAAAUAAUGCAAGAAGGUUAAUCUUAAAAUCUGAGGGUAGAAGAUAUGGAAAGCACUAUAUGAAAGUGGAGACUGUACAAAAUAAUGAUAAUAAAACAAUAGACAAAUAAACAUA